UCUCUGCUCCUCUGAGUGUGUCCCCUUGCGUCACUAUCAGUAUCUGAUGCUUGCUGGCAGGGGACAUCCGGCCCUGGGGGAAGCUGUCUCAAUCCCACAGAGUGUGUGAGUAACGGAGGGCUCUCCCUGGGGCUUCCUUAAAAGAGGAACUUCUCCUGUGCUGGGGGCUAGCUGCAGGAGCAUGGUGCUAGCUGGCGGGAUGCCCCUGGAGCAGGGAGGGCCAGCUUUCCCUCCAUCCCCUGAUGUCAGAGGGCACGUUGUGUUUCCCCUCCAAGUUUGCUUGUUUUUCUGUUGUGUGUGAGUUGCUCCCCCUGCAGCUCGCAGCACGACUAUUAGACACAGAAUCCCACACACUCAGCGUAGCGGUGCCCUCCCACUGCACCGUACUGCUGUUGGGAGCCAGCCCUUCGGACGCGCUGCCUGGGCUAGCAGCAGGCAUGAGACUCAGUCAGCACUGACAGCUGCAGCCUGGGUCUUGCUAACCGUACUAGCUUGGGAAGUGCCCUGCUCUCUGGGAACAUCGGACGGAGUUCCUUGCCAGGCUCCUCCAGGAAGAGCCCUGCUGUGGCUGACCUCCGUGCUCCACCCUCCCACCCCGUGAUUCUGGGCAGCUGAGAGGCAUGAGACAGCCAUGGCGUUCCAGGCAGCCGGAUCUGGGACACUGCAGCCCCGGAGCGUGCGACCUCUGGAGCCUCUGCUGCAUGGCUGGGGACCGGAGCCUGCUGCGCAGAAAGGAUUCCUUGGCAACUUCUCUCUUCCCACUCCCCUGCAGGGGACAUUGAGGGCAGCUGGGAAUCCCCACCUCCGGGAGAGACACGGUGCACAGCCAGCAGGAGCAGGGGGCAGCGGCUGCUUUCCUCACAGUCUCUCCUCUCCACCCCCCCGUGCCAAGGCAGGGGGCUGCCUGAACCCUGAGGGGUCCCAGGACCUCAGCUUGAAAGACUUUGUCCCAUCCCACUUCCAGAAGAGGGAAUUUCUUCCUGCUGCCAGGAGCCCUGCAGCCCCCACGGCCACAUCCCCUCAGCGGUUCACGUGGGUCCCGCUGCGACACAGAGGACCCAGGGUGCCCGUGAUCCGUAACUGCGGCUCCAACACCUUGAACUUUGAGUUCCACGACACGUCUCCCCGCACAGCAUGCAAUGGCACCGCCGAGCCUAGGAGAGCAGCCCCCAGGAGCUCAGUGAGCGACUGGUACCAGACCUGGCCUGCCAAAGAAACGAAGAACCUGAGUUCCCAGGCAGUUCCUGUUCCCCUCCCAGCUGAGUCGGCAAUGAGCCCCCUGGAGAACGGCCCCCCGCCUGUGCCCCGCGCAGCCCCCUGGUCUGCCACCUGGACUAAGGAUAGCAAGAGGAAGGACAAGCGAUGGGUGAAGUACGACGGGAUCGGCCCAGUGGAUGAGACGGGGAUGCCGAUCGCAUCGCGAUCCAGUGUGGACAGGCCCCGAGACUGGUACCGGAGCAUGUUCCAGCAGAUCCACCGUAAGCUCCCAGAACCACAGCUGGACUGGGAUUUCCACCACUGCACAGAACCACGCCCUCCGGCGCUUGCACAAAAGGGCCCCAUGCCAAGUGGCUCCUCUUACCUGCAGAAUGGCCUGGACUGGAGGGGCCAGGAGGCAGCUGAUGAUGCUGCGAUGGAGCCCAGGAGCAUUUUCGACUACGAACCCGGGAAAUCGUCCGUCCUUGACCACCCCAAACCGGCUGCAGAGCCCCAGGCGGGACGUGCUGGCAGCUGGUACCAAUUUCUGAAGGAGCUGGAGACAGGGAGCCUGCCUAAGAAGCCCCUGGCACCGUUUCCUGCAGAGCCUCCCCCACCGUCCCAGCCAAUCGAGGUGUUACUGGAGAGAGAGCUGCAGCAGCUCAGCGAGGAGUUAGACAAGGACAUAAAAGCCCUGGAGACGCAUCAGCACCCUUGCAAGACUUCCUCGGCGUCUCCCUGCGCUUGCACCGCCGCCCGCAGCCUGCCAUCUGCCUGCCGUUCCCAUCCUGCCUUGGGGCAGAGCCCCCCCGCUUCCCGACACCGCCCGCCUGCCAGCCCCAGCAUGGAGAGAGGGGGCCUGGGCCUGGGCACGAGCGACUGGAGCAGGUCUCCUCCCAGGAAAGAUCCCCCAGGCCACCCUGGGAAAAGCCCCUUGGCUGAUGAGAGUGAGUCUAUAGAGGCGGUGGAUGGACCGGUGAGGAAAGAGGACAAGAAGAUGAAAGCUGCUCGCGUCAAGUUUGACUUCCAGGCUGAGUCCCCAAAGGAGCUGACCAUGCAGAAGGGAGACAUCGUCUAUAUCCACAAGGAGGUGGACAGGAACUGGCUGGAAGGAGAGCACUAUGGGAGGGUGGGCAUAUUCCCCUCCAACUACGUGGAGAUCCUGCCUCCCACCGAAGUGCCCAAGCCCAUCAAGCCACCCACCAUCCAGGUGCUGGAGUACGGAGAGGCCCUGGCCCAGUACAACUUCAAAGGGGACCUGGCAGUGGAGCUGUCCUUCCGCAAGGGCGAGCGCAUCUGUCUGGUCCGCAAGGUGGAUGAGAACUGGUAUGAGGGACGGAUCUCUGGCACCAGCCGCCAGGGUAUCUUCCCGGCCAACUACGUGCAAGUGCUGAAGGAGCCGCGGGUCAAGGCCUCAGAGGAGUUCCCCUCCUCCCCAACCUUGACUGCCCCUGCCUCCCCAAGGCAGCUGGUUCACACAGGCUCACCGGCCCAGCUGCACUCGCCUGGUAGCCAGCGUUCCGAUCCCUCGUCCUCCUUCCUGGCGGGCUCUCCCACUGCCCAACGGCACGGCACGGAGGGGGGUGCCCUGUCGUCCUCGCCGCGCCAUUUCGGCUUCACCUUCCCUGUCUCCCCCAAGCUGCAGCGCGCCGGAGUCUCAUCCAGCCUCCUCCAGGGGCCCCAGAGCCCCCAACUGGGCCCCAGCACCACCUUGCUCUCCCCCCUGAGUCUGAACCCGAGCCCACAGCCUCCGGCCCCCUCCCGGCCACAGGAGACUCCACCCGCUGUAGCGCCUUCCUCGCUCCCUGGGCAGAGCUCCACCCUUGAAGCCCCAGUACCUGCAGGUUGCCAUCUGGGCAGUGCUGGGCACCUCCCCAAGGCCCCCCCAUCUGACAACGGCUCCAGCAUACAGUGGACCCCGUUCCGGGCCAUUUAUCAGUACAGACCCCAGAAUGAGGACGAGCUGGAGCUGCAUGAAGGGGACCGGGUGGACGUCAUGCAGCAGUGUGAUGAUGGCUGGUUUGUGGGUGUGUCCAGGAGAACCCAGAAAUUCGGCACCUUUCCUGGCAAUUACGUUGCCCCUGUGUAACAUCCCCCUGCCCCGCACCCCAGCACGAGCCAAGAGGAAGCUGCAUCUGCGACUCAGGCUCCUGCAGCCUACCCAGAGCUGGCAUCGCGCCCUGAGACCAGGAGAGGAACGAGGAGAUGGGGAUUGGGACCAGCCCAGCCCCCGCCCCCACGGACAUUCCCAGCAGGACCCUUUUGGUGGCUGUUGCUAGGGAGCUCGGCACUGGGACCGGCCCCUGCCUCUCCUAGUAACAGACCCCCUCUUCCCUGUCCCAGUCACUCAGCUCCGCUUCCAGCACUGCCUCUUGGGGCUCCCUCUAAUGGGGACCAGUUCCUGUCCUUUCCCUCCCCCGUGGGGCUUCCUCUAACGGGGACCAACCCCCCAGCCUUACCCCCUAUGGGGCUCCCUCUAACGGGGACCAGUCCCCCAGCCUUAACCUCCGUGGGGCUCCCUCUAACAGGGACCAGUCCCCCAGCCUUACCCUCCGUGGGGCUCCCUCUAACGGGGACCAACCCCCCAGCCUUACCCCCCCAUGGGGCUCCCUCUAUCGGGGACCAACCCCCCAGCCUUACCCCCUGUGGGGCUCCCUCUAACGGGGACCAACCCCCCAGCCUUACCCCCCAUGGGGAUCCCUCUAACAGGACCAGUCCCCCAGCCUUACACCCUGUGGAGCUCCCUCUGAUGGGGACCAACCCCUUAGCCUUACCCUCAUGGGGCUCCCUCUGAUGGGGACCAGUCCCCCAGCCUUACCCCCAUGGGGCUCCCUCUGAUGGGGACCAGUCCCCAUCCCUGCCCCCAGGGCUCUCCCUGGCAGGAAGUCUCGCCCUGUGCCCACCUGAUAAGUAUCUGCCAGUCUGUGCCUCACUGCAGAAGGCGUCUGCAUCCUGAGGGAAGGGGCUGUUAGUCCUUUCCCUCCAGCUGAACCCCCAAGCUCCAUCACGACCUCUGGAGGGAAGCAGGCACUGAGCCCGCCCUCUGCACCUCCAUGGACCUAGCAAGCUGUGCUGAACCCUGUGCCUGCAUGUGGCUGACGCUUGCAAGGUUGCUGGCCUCUCCGGUGCUCCUGCUGUGUGGAGGGGGGGCGAGGGGGAACACGGGGAGGGUAGUCUCCUCCAAGCUGCCUGUAAAGAGCCGGCUCACAUGCCCGGAAACCUGAUCUGCUUGUCCUCUGUUAUUAAAGAUCAGCCUCACCCCAUGCGAAUGCCCCGCCUGGUGAUCAUCAGGGACGGGCGGGAAUCCAUGCAGCAGGGCAAAGGGCAGCUUGUGGCCAGUGGAACCCUGAGGCAGACGCCCUUGUUGCCAAUGCCAGGAUGCACUGCGUGUGAUAGACCUGCUCUGAGCAGCGGGCAGUGUCCCAGCUAGGAUCCCUGUGCUCCCCUUGCCCUCUGCUGGGUGCAGCCAUUUCUGUUCUAUAUCAGCUCGGCUGCUCGCCAGUCACCCCAUGCUCGGCACCCCCCAGAGCAUCUCUUCGCACUCCGUGUGGUGAUGGCAGACCAUGGGGCACGAUGCGCCCCGUCAGACCUGCUCAGGCCAAGCAUGAAUACAUAAAAGGGUGUUACAAGGAGAAAAAUUGUUCUCCUUGUCCUCUGAGGAUAGGACAAGAAGCAAUGGGCUUAAACUGCAGCCAGAGUGGUUUAGUUUGGACAUUAGGAAAAACUUCCUAAUUGUCAGAGGGGUUAAGCACUGGAAUAAAUUGCCCGGGAAGGUUGUGGAAUCUCCCUCAUUAGAGAUUUUUAAGAGCAGGUUGGACAAACACCUGUCAGGGAGGGUGUGACCAGGGUCCUCAUGGGGAGCCAGCUACAGUCACUCAAUUAGGGUGAACUGCAAAGAAUGGGGCAGACAAUCCCCAUAAAGCUGGUGGAUAUUCUGAUACUUAGAUUUACCAACCAGCACAAAACAGCUUCUCUAUUACCUUACUGGUUACUCAGAAGUCCAAACAAUACAGUUCCUUUAAAAUGAUCCAGCCUCCAUCCAGGUACCCACGUCAAAUAUGAUGAAAAUUUCUGUAAAUCUUAUUUCAUCAUAUAAAAGAAAAGGUUCUACCAAUCCCAAAGGAUCGGACACAUUAUCUCCUGGUUAUUGAAUAUU